UGAACCUCAAGGGCGCCGUGUGCGCCUGGCCCGUGCCAUGCUUCAUGCGCUCAGUACGCUGUGCAAUAAGAAGUCCAUCUCCAAAAUCUGGCGCCGCUCUGCACACGAGGAGCACCACGAGAACUUUACUCCAAAUCUCUGCAAGACAGUCCUAUGCUGGCUGGGUGCCUCGAUGAUCAUAGCUUCCGAGUUCACCCUGCAUGCAACCUGCAAGAAGUCAGUGGUUUUUAAGCAGGAGGGUGAUGUGAAGUGCAUGGCCGCGGAGCUGAUUUUCUAUUUUCAGUUCCUGGAGGGCGUGUGUCGAUGUUGUACAGCCAUUGUCUUGGUGGAUAUGAUCUGGGCCGUCAUGGUUCAGAUGGAUUUGACCACUACCACCUAUGAUCCAACGUCACCAAUGAGUCCUGCAAGCCCUGUGACCCGGAAGGAGACCGAGGGCUUUAUAGAUCUUUGGCGUUUUCUGCCUAGGCUUAUCGCCCUUGUGACGUUGUAUGUGGGCUGUGCGCCCGCCUUGUUCGAGCACCCCAGUGGAUGGGUCAAUUUCUAUGCACAUUUCUGCGACAUCGCGUGCCACACGGUGAUUACCACAGCGAUCAUUGGCAUUAUCUAUGAGACCUCGCGUGGUUGUUUCGCCUUGACAUGUGACGGAUCGCAAGAUUGUGGGAUCCUGAAGGGCUACUGUUGCUGUCAAGUGCACGUGACCGCAGAUGGCUUGGAAAGUGGUCCCAUUCUCGGUUCAAGACAGUUUGAAGACCUUGAGGUGCUGCAAGUCCAAGGCUUCUCCUGGGUAGUUGCCAAAUGGCUUGUGUUCUGUGGAGUGGCGUUGAUGUAUUUGAGAAGGAUCCAGGAUGAAGAUCAUUUCCCAAGGUUUUUGGAGAUUUGUUUCACCGCCCUGAACGCAUCGUGCUGGGCUGCCAUGGCUUAUGCCAUCAGCGAGUCCUUGUGCAAAAACUGGCCGAGAUUCUUUAGUGCGGUGGCCGAUUCCAAGUUCGUGGCCUUGGUGGAACUGUCCCAGUUCUCUGCAUUCAACGAGCUGAACGACCCUCCUCUGGCAUGCCAUGAAUCCGAGUAGCGCCGCGGAGCUUUUUCGGAGUUGCCAAGAGUUGUUAUAAAACGAUGUGUCUAUG